AUGACUCCCCCGGCCCGAGGACGGGGGACUAACCAGCGCAGCCCAACUGUCUUGGUCACAGACUCCCGAGACCAGCAACAGCCCCAAACACCCCGACGACGCCGCUCGCCCGCAACCCGAUUUAUCACCGUCGACAACGUCCUCCAAUACGCCUCCGACGUCCCUUCAAUGCAGCAGCGCGGCCCACCACCAAUCUCACGGUCACGCCGUCUUGCCUCCGCAGCUGGAGGCUUAAUAGCCAGCACAGGCAGCAGCAGUUCAAGCGCAGUGGCAGGAUCCGGCAGUACAAUUGGCCGACUCGCCGCGCAACCGCGACUCCCGCCUCGAACGACGAAAGUCAGUGAGAAGCUGGUUCUUCUGCCUGACACCGGCGAGCUGGAGGAGGGUUCACCCGAAGAAGACGAAGAUGAAUUCGAUGGUGCGGACCUCGUGGACGAGGUGCUUGUCGCGCGUCUGGCCAAGGAGAAAAAUGUCGACCCAGAAAGAAUCAGACACCAAUUGCUUAUGUCGAAGAGACUUGGAGGUGAUUUUGGCGUCGAUAAUGAUCUCGCCCCUAUGCUGGCUGAGGAAGAAGUCUCGAAGAAACGCCGUGUUGCGCCUGAGCGUGCGAAGAGUUAUGCUGAGCGGUUGCCGAAGGCGCGGCGGACGGAGAAGCUUGCGCGUGUUACGGCGUAUUGUACAGCUCAGGCGUAUAAGAUGGGCUCGCUUGCUGCCUUUGUUAAGGAGCAACAUGGUGGGCGGACGAAGCUUUAUGAUGAUUGUCUCUAUACGGCAUAUCAUCUCCCUCUUUUGCCGGGCCAUGAGGGGUAUCGUUUGCGGAGUAGCCCUGUGUUGAAAUACCCCGGCGGAAAGUCGCUGUUGGAUGAGGAGAUUGAACGGAAUGAACUUCGUGAUUAUCAUGAUGAAUACAUGCUUGAGACGGAGGAGCAUUCGGUUGGUGGGCACAAUCGUCCAGAGGAUGAACACCAUUAUGAAGCGUCACCGCGACAGCAUGAGGGUCAUGAUGCCCGGGAGGCAAAUCGUGAGGAAUUCUUAAAUCGCAUCACUGAGGAAGUUCGUGGCCACCUCCCCAAUGACCAUGAGCAUGCGGCCAGCUCCGGCGAAAGUGUCGAUGGGUUGCAGCAUAUCCCGCCACUCCCGCAACCAGACAGCAAUCAAGGAAGUCGGCAAUCUUCGCCUGAACCUGCACUUCGUCGCCGAAGGCACAGUACAGACGACAGCCACGCUUUGAUUCGGGACCGUUCCCCUCUACCAGCCCCUGCACCUUCGUCCUCGACACCGCAAGCCCCGGCUCGGACGUUAUACAAUGUUGCUGAGAUGUUCGUUUUCAGCUACGGUGUGGUUGUCUUCUGGAACUUCACCGAGCGACAAGAGAAAGACCUGCUGGCAGAUCUGGCCUUUGCUACGUCAUCUGCAACUGGUAUCCCUAUUCCUCUGGCAACGAUGCCUCUUGACGAGGAAGACUUUGAGACAGAGGAGUUCCACUUCGAGUAUUCUACAGAGAUAUCGCGCCCCCGAGUCUACAACGAUAUGAUCACUCUUCGCAGUGGCGACCACAUGAUCAAGCUCGCUAUUAGCCAUGGUAUUUCACAGAGCACUAAACUGUGCUUCUUCGAGGAAGUCAUGGCCCGGCAGAUGGCGGAUGCUAAAGACGUUCCCAGACGUCUUGCGGUUACAGGCCAACUAGGUAUGAAGCGCGAAGAGGUCUUCCGGAUCCUGGGUCGAUUGUUUAAGAGUCGUGUUGAGGUCAACCUUUCAUCUAAUAUGCUCGAUGUCCCCAACUUCUUCUGGGAGAGCGAACCGACCCUUUACCCGCUCUACAUCGCCGUGCGCGAGUAUUUGGAGAUCAAACCACGUAUUCAGGUUCUCAAUGAGAGAUGCCGCGUAUUCCUUGAUCUUGCAGAGAUCUUGUCCGACUCGAUUGCCGACAACCGCACUUCCCACCAAACCUGGAUCAUCAUUGUCCUGAUCAUCAUUUCAAUCAUCGUUACAAUCUCCGAAGUCUUCCUCCGCUUCGCCCUUCUCCAUGCAAGCCAGGGUCCCGCUGGUACACCUGCCAGUAUCUUAGCUCGUGUCAUGGGCCGAUCUGUUACCCCUUCUCCAUCAGAGUGGUACCCAUACUCUGCUGCCAGUGCGCCACCAGGCUGCAUCUGUCCCUCUACCGGCCCUGCGGGCGCUGCCUCGGAUAUGGGCGUCAGCGGAAUGAUGGGAUACUAA